AUGCGUCUCACGGAGCAAGACGUCCAAGUCCAGCUCUCCCGUCGUCGGCCAGGGCAGUCAAAGCUAUCUACACCGCGUGAUGAGAAGGACCAGGUCGAAAUCCACUCUGGCACAGAAUUUGGCACAACGCUUGGCACGCCCAUCAUGAUGCUUGUACGCAACCAGGAUCAACGGCCAAAGGAUUAUUCUGCAGAUGAUACAGCCCAAUACCCGCGUCCGAGUCAUGCAGAUUGGACAUACUUGCAGAAAUACGGCGUCAAGGCAUCGAGCGGUGGUGGCCGUUCUAGUGCGCGUGAAACCAUUGGUCGUGUGGCUGCUGGGGCUAUUGCUGAGAAGUACCUCAAGGAAGCCUAUGGUAUUGAGAUUGUGGCCUUUGUCUCAAGUGUCGGUAAAGUGAGUGUGCCCUCAGUCGUGCCGGCUGCCAACCCGGAUGAUGAGGAUGAUGUGGACUCGCCCAUCUCCCCAGCCUACUUGCAGCUUCUGGCAGAUAUGACGCGCGAGCAGGUGGAUGCCAGCAUUGUUCGGUGCCCGCAUGCAGAAACUGCAGAGAAGAUGAUUGCGCGCAUUGAGCGUGCCAAGGAGAACCAUGACUCUAUUGGUGGAACAGUCACCUGUGUCAUUCGCAAUUGUCCAGUGGGUCUGGGUGAGCCGUGCUUCGAUAAGAUGGAAGCCUCUCUUGCGCAUGCAAUGCUCUCUAUUCCCUCAACAAAAGCAUUUGAAAUUGGAUCUGGCUUUGCUGGUGCUGAAGUAGCAGGGUCAAAGCACAACGAUGCUUUUGGCAUGAAGGAUGAUGGCAAGGGUGGUCAGCGUCUUGGAACUCUGACAAACAACUCUGGUGGCAUUCAAGGCGGUAUCACCAACGGCGAGCACAUCUUCUUCCGUAUUGGAUUCAAGCCUCCGGCUACGAUUGGUCGUGCCCAGCAAACAAGCAACUAUGAUGGUGCUGCUGGCGAGCUGAUGGCCAAAGGCAGGCAUGAUCCGUGUGUCGUCAACCGUGCCGUCCCAAUCGUUGAGUCUAUGGCGGCGUUGGUGGUGAUGGACCAGCUCAUGAUUCAAUUGUCGAGGCAGUCGGCACGAUCGACACUGCCGGUACUCAAGACGACUGUCUCAGCAAGUGAAACGGUCGUUGGCGGUGAGGACGCCGCCGAAAAGCAGCAGGCGCAUGGGCUAUGA